GAAAAAUAUGCAGAAGCGUUGGCUGACUUUGAGAGGAUUGAGAGAUCACCAAAGGUCAAUAAUGUAAAUUCCAAUGUGAAAAUAUUGAGGAAUCGCGGACUGGCUUAUAAAGAAUUGUAUAGAUUCAAAGAAGCGCUGAUGGAUCUCACCAACGCACUGGCCAUAGAAUCAAAGUCGACCACCUACAGACAUCGAUCACAAGUAUAUUUUACACUGAAACAGAUGGAAUUAUCUAUGAAAGAUGCAAACCGUGCACUGGAGCUUGAUCCACAUGAUUCGAUUGCUGAAGAAUUGAGGAACAAGAUCUUUUCCCGAAGUAAACAAUUCGACAAAGCAUUAAAUGGAUUAAACAAAGCACUGAAGGUAAAUCCUCAAAACAGCAACGCCCUCACCGAGAGAGGAGGCGUAUUCCUCUUGAUGGAACGAUAUGAUGAAGCUCUAAGAGACCUCAAUCUUGCCAUCAAAUAUCAACCUCAAAAUUUCAUGGCCUUAUUAAUUCGUUCAAAGGUAAAUCGAAUCCAGGGAAACUAUAACCUAUCUCUAGCCGAUCUAUGUGAAGCCAUAAAGGUAGCGCCUCACAAUUCUAGACUAUAUAGAAACCGUGGUAAGGUGUACACUUUACUGAAUGAAUUCGACAAAGCCGUUGCAGAUCUUGACCGAUCCAUGUCUAUGGAAAAUGAAUCCCACGUGUCGGCAUUGAAAUAUCGCGGUAUAUCCUAUUCAAAGCUCGGAAGAUAUCGGGAAGCCAUUGUUGACUUCAACGAAGUUCUCAAGAAGAAACCGUCGAAUCCAAAAAUCUACUACAAUCGUGGAGAGACCUAUUAUCUUCUAUCCGAAUUAGAACUUGCUCUUCAUGAUCUGAAUAAAUCUCUAGAAUACGAAGAAGACUUGAAAUCGCUUAAACUGAGGUCAUUGAUCCUUGAAAGAAUGAAGGAAUUUGAAAGAUCGCGAGUCGAUGUAGACCGCAUACUGGCAGCCGAACCGAACAACACCCCGAUGUUGGCAAAGAGGGCCGAGUUGAACGAAAGAUUGAAAAAAUUCCAGGAUUGCAUUAACGAUUUGAGCAAUAUAAUCAAGUUGGUACCGCAAGAUGCUCAGGCACUGAAAUUCCGUGGAAGAAUGCUGGUGAAAAUGUGUAGGUAUGAAGAGGCGCUCAAAGAUUUUAAUAAACUGUUGGAGGUGGACGGAAAUGACGUUGAGGUCAUCGGAUUAAGAGCUGAGGUGGAUCAACGAUUAGGAAAUCAUGAGAAGGCAUUGAAUGAUCUGAAAGAUGGAAUUGACAAUAAGCCCGGAGACAAGCGGUGGUUGCUCGUGGUGAGAGGUGGGAUACUACGGGAACAAGGGAAAUUUGAAGAUGCAUUGUAUGAUUUGAAUGCAGCAAUUUGCAUACCGCCACCAGAGACCCAAUUCGAUCUUGAAGAUGGAAAUAAUAAGAAUGUCGCUCGAUUCGAAAUCAUAAAUGAAAAUAAUCAGAUAGUUGAUGGCUCAUCCUCUUUGGGCACGUCGGAGGAAGCAAAAGUUCGCGCAAUGGCAUUAUGCUAUCGAGGAGCAAUAAUGAGGAAGUUGGGAAAGACGGAUGAUGCAUUAGACGAUUUGAACAAAGCGUUGAGCAUAGAUCCAUACAUUUCACUAGCAUUGUGUGAGAGGAGUUCCAUACUCCGGGAUAAUGACAAGUAUGAUGAAGCGUGGGGAGAUUUGGAAAUGGUGUUGAAUAAUUAUGACGACUUUGAUGAAUAA